UGCUUUGCAGACGCGGCCCGAGGGCCCCAGCGGCUUAUGAGCGUGGGGCUCGCGCUGAUCCUGGUGGGCCACGGCAACCUGCUGCUGGGGGCCGUACUGCACGGCACCGUACUGCGGCACGUGGCCAAUCCCCGCGGCGCCGUCACACCGGAGUACACCACGGCCAAUGUCAUCUCUGUGGGCUCAGGGCUGCUGAGUGUUUCCGUGGGACUUGUGGCCCUCCUGGCAUCCCGGAACCUUCUUCGCCCGCAACUGCACUGGGCCCUGCUGGCCAUAUCUCUGGUGAACUUGCUCUUGUCCGCUGCGUGCUCCUUGGGUCUCCUCCUUGCUGUGUCACUCACUGUGGCCAAUGGUGGCCGCCGCCUUAUCGCUGACUGCCAUCCAGGACUGUUGGAGCCUUUGGUACCACUGGAUCAGGGGUCUGGACAUGUCGACUGCCCCUUUGACCCCACAAGAAUCUAUGAUACAGCCUUGGCUCUCUGGAUCCCUUCUUUGGUCAUGUCUACAGUGGAGGCUGCUCUGUCUGGUUACUGCUGUGUGGCUGCACUCACCCUCCGAGGGGUUGGGCCCUGCAGGAAGGAAGGGCUGCAGCAGCAGCUGGAGGAACUGACAGAGCUUGAACUUCCUAAAUGUAAAAGGCAGGAAAAUGAGCAGCUACUGGAUCAAAAUCAAGAAAUCCAGACAUCCCAGAAAAGUUGGGUUUAGGACAGGUAAUGGGCUACGAGGGUUGAGGCCUGGGUAAACGCAGGGGCAGGGAACUGCUCUUAGAACUCGGUCUGGUUCUUCACUCUGCCACUUUCCCCUCUGACCUGGGUUCUCCCCUCUAUCAAGCAGGUGCUGUUCCAGAGGCUCACUUCACAAGGGUUUGCCACUAAGCAGGGAACCCUGACCUCUAAGGCAGUAUA